AACUGGAACGCUGAGGAAGUUAAGGCUUAAGGCUUUAUAACGUCCAAAGUGUAAAAACAGUUAUACUCGCAUGUCACUUUGCUUGGACUCUACAGAAUGAGUCUGCGUAUACACUCACAUACCGUCUGACUUACGGUUUUCCAUGCAAGAAAUAUGAACUACCUUCAGAAAGGUUUAGCAUUCAGUUCUGAAACGAGACCAUUUUGAAAGUUUUUUCUUCGGAAUAUGUGAAACACCUUUAUUGCUUAUCGUCUAUAUGAAAUAGAUAAAUAAUAUUUAAUCUCAAAAGGAGGCUUCUUUGUAUAAUACUAUAAAGCGCUUUGAUUUAUUUUACUGUGCAGUAAUUUCAAUUAAUACAUAUUUAUUGGAACCAAUAAAUAAAUAUAAUUAUCGGCAACAUUAUUUAGAAGUCAUUCAGAUCAGUGAACUAUUUCUUACAGUGAAAAGGUACCCUUGAUAAGAGCAUUAAAUCAGUCAGUAUGAGUAGGCGAUUCGCAAUCUAGCAUCCAGUGAAAAGUGCCGUACUUUUGGGUUGCAGAAGUGGGAGGAGGGGUGUCCAAUACCCCUCCCAGAGGAUCACAAACGUAAUGUCUGGAUUGCCUAAACAUCUCCGGACUUCCUCGAAGUUAGUCAGUUGUUAGGUGGUGGCUAGGAAGGCGCCGUGCCUGUUUAAACGGUUUUAUUUGCGCCGCGUGCAGUUAACGCGGGAAGAGUUUUUAUGUUUUAAAAAAAUGAAGCGCUAUCAAAUUGAGUCAAUCGUGAGAUGUUCGGUCCUCUCGCUCCUGCUCACCGGCUUGCUCAUCCAGGCAACUCCGCAAAGCUAUGAUUUGUUCCAGGGAUCCGCGUACGCCGGAGGUCAGAGGCACCGGAAUAAGAAUUGGUGCGCGCGUGUUGUGUACAAGAACGUGACCUGCUCGGUCCUGGGAAGCGCGGAGAGCUAUCUGGAGCCGGACCUCGCGCCCUGUCCACCGCAUGAGCCGGACUGCGCGCAACGCAUGACGUACCGGACCCAGUUCCGCCCCACGUACAGGAUCGCGUAUAAGACGGUCACUCAGCUGGAGUGGAGGUGCUGCCCCGGGUUCCAGGGACCAGACUGUGCCGAGCCAAAAGGCACCACGACCGGGCAGGCAGGGCACAGGCCACGCCCCCACCCCCAGCCUCAGCCAAUCCCGGGACAGGUCCACCACAGACUGAGGCCCAGCGUGAGAGAGACUGCGCCCCUGGAGUGGGGGCAGGGAGGGGACAGGAUGCAGAGGCUGGAGGGGGAGAUGGACCGGCUGUCCCAGACCGUGCGGGACCUGCAGGCGGCCAUUACAGGCAUGAACGAGAACCUGCGGCUGGACCUCCAGGAGGACACCAGCAGGACGCUGCUGACGCUGCUCAACACCCUGCACCUGCCCGUCAGCGACCUCACCGCCGGGCCCACAGAGAGCGUGCAGCUGGUCAGCCACGCCCACCCGCCACAGGGACACGCCCACCCGCCGCAGGGACACGCCCCUUCAUCUGACAGCCACGCCCACCCGUCGCAGGGACACGCCCAUUCUUCUCAAGGCCACACCCCAUUAUCAAAUGACCGCGCCUCAUCGUCAGGUGGACACGCCUCUUCCUCUCAGGGCCCCGCCCUUUCCUCUGUGGACCCCUUGCAUUCCUACAUUGACAGCCGGUUCCAGGACCUGAGGGCGGAGCUUGUGGGGAGCAUGGAGGCCAAGAUGGAGGCCAAGAUGGCGGCGCUGGCGGAGUCGUGCGACGUGGGGCUGCGGUCGCUGCGGGAGGAGUGCGAGCAGCAGGGCGUGGGCUUCCAGAGCCUGGCCCAGCAGCUGGACCGCAAGGAGGCGGGGCUUAGGGACGAGAUCCGCGAGCUCCGCCUCCACCUGGAGCCGGCGGACGGGGCGGUGCGGACGCUGCGGGGGGCCGACGACGUGGCCGACCUGCGGCGGGAGGUGGGGCGCCUGGCCGACGCCCACCGCGCCCUCAACGCCCGCGUGGACAACGAGCUGGCGCACGUGUCGGCGCUGAGCAUCGAGGAGGUGUUCGGCCCCCGCCUGGAGGAGCUGGAGGGGCGCAUGAACGUGACCGAGCGCAACGCCGAGACGCUCUGCUUCUACGUGGACGAGAAGCUGAGCCGCCGCAUCGCCAACGAGACGGACGUGCUGCGCACGCUGCUGGAGGAGCGGCUGGGCGCCAGCGAGGACCAGUUCACCACCAUGCUGGUGGAGAUCGCCAACGGCAACGGCUCCUUCCCCGCCGAGGGCGGCGAGGAGGCGCUGCGGGAGGCGCGGUCCCACGGCCGGCAGAUCCAGGGCCUGGAGGAGAAGCUCAACGCCCUGGGGCGGCAGUGCUCGGCGGGGUGCGGCGCGGGCGGCCCGGGCGGGUCCGAUGACGUCCUGAGGGAGGUGCGGCUCCUGGGGGGCGAGCUGGACACGGUGCGCGCCGACAUCAACGGGGACGGCGAGAAGCUGCGCGAGCUGGAGAGCCUGGUGCAGCGGCAGCUCCUGAUUGGCCAGCACAACAGCAGGAACCUGGCCGACCAGCAGGCGGGGCUGCUGGCCCUGCGGGGCGACGUCGGGGCGCUGAGGGGCUCCCUGGACAGUUUGGGGGAGUCCCUGACCAAGCAGGCGGAGGAGCUCCAGCACCUCAACUGCACCUGCGGCCAGGCGGGCGGGGCCUGCCCGCCGGGCGAGCGGGAGGCUCCGCCCACCAACGGCAGCCAGGUGGAGGAGCUGAGGGUGCGGCUGGACCGGCUGAGCCAGGAGGUGCGCGCGGAGCUGGCCCGGCGGCGGGCCGACGCCACGGCGCCCGGCGGCGGUAACGCGGGCGUCGUCGGGGGCGACGGCGACGUGUCCGACAGCCUCCACCGCGUGGCGGAGACGCUGAACCGCCACGCCGCCAGCGUCUGGGCCCGGGUCCAGCAGCUGCAGGCCGCCCAGCGCACCCAGGCCCAGGACCUCAGGACCCUGGCCACCUCCCUCCACCACCUGCAGGCGCGGGUCAGCGGGGCCGCCCGGACCAAUCCCGGCUCGGCCGCAGCCUCUCCCGACCAACCGGUUGUCCAUGGAGUAAAGGAACCCUCAGUCCCAGCAGUGGAAACCAGGCCGCCCCCCCCAGCAGCCCCCAGACCAGGGAGCCCCCUCAUGCCUCACAUUCGAAUCCCGCUGAUCAUCCCCCACAGGACCCCCCCGGUGUCCCAUGUGCCCCUCCCUGCCCCCCACCAUCCCACCAGACCCAUGCAGCCCUCCACCCCCCACCAUCCCUCCAGACCCAUGCAGCCCUCCACCCCCCAACGCCCCGUUGUGGAGACGGGCGAGGCGGGGCCCCCCGGCACCGCCCCCAGGCUGGCGGUCAGGAGGGUGUCCUACACACCGGAAGAGCGGAGCGAGCCCAUGCAGGGGUACGCUGGAGCCCCAGGUUAUCCACCUCUUAGUUCAGCAUCGUUUCGGCCCGACAUCAUUCCAGUUGCCUUUGUUCCUCGGAAGCAAGGCGACAGGCCUCUUGUGAUGCCAGUGUCAGCAGGGGGCAGCGUUGUCUCAGAGCCCUUCUCCUUCUCAGCCGGCCUGACCACUGUGCCUCUGCCCUGGCACAUGGGGGUCAUCCGCUUCGACAAAGUGCUGGUGAACGACGGAGGACAUUACAGCCCCCGAACAGGGAUCUUCACCGUGCCGCAGGACGGUCGUUACCUGGUCAGCGCGGUCCUGCAGGGUGAGCGUGUGGAGGGCGCGCUCUCCGUGUCCGACCGCAGCGUGCAGCGACUGACGAGCGGCGGGUACGCCCGCGAGCCCCGCCCCCGCGAGCCCCGCCCCUGCCCGUGUGGAGGCUCCGCCUCCGUCAGCCUCAUCCUCCAGCUGCACCGCGGCGACCGGGUCGCGGUCGUCAGGACGGCGGGAAGCCUGGCCGUCUCCGAGCCCAAGGAGGUCCUCUCCACCUUCAGCGCCCUCUUCCUGUACUCCGCCCCCGGCAGCAGAUAGCCCCGCCCACUCGCCUGGCCCCACCCACUCACCUGGCGGCAGAUAGCCACGCCCACUUACCUGGCCCCGCCCACUCGCCCAGCAACAGAUAGCCCCCGCCCACUUACCUGGCCCCGCCCACUCGCCCAGCAACAGAUAGCCCCCGCCCACUCACCUGCCCCGCCCACUCGCCUGGUAACCGCGCUCAAGGGGACACUGCAGUCAAAGCCCACAGGGGUUUAGGGUUUAACGGUUCUUGAAAAUGAUUCUGAAGGGUUGUUUUUGCUUCUUCUUCCUUUUUUUGGGACAGCAUUUAAUUUAUUUAAGCUCAAAAAAAGGAUGUGUAAGCUAUGGCACCAAGCAGAACUUGCCUUCGAUGAUCUGUUUUGCUCUUUUUUAAAAGCAUCGACUGUGUGAGGUGGCAAUGAAGCUAUUUUUGGGAUAUAGAUAUGAUCAUUAUAUUUCCUCUCAGCAUAUGUCUACUUUUUGAAGAAACAAAACAACUUAUUUUCCAAAUGUAAAAAACGGAAUUUUAUAUUUUUUGAAUGUAAAGACAUGUUUACAUAUUUUUGUGUUUAUGAACCUAUAUAAAUACUGAUAAUUUUAGAUGCUUUUACAGCCAUUCUUGAGUCAAUGAAAUUUAAACUUCAAAAAUCGUCUCCGAGGUCUUUGUCUGUGAAGCCAAAAAUCAACUUUUCAAAGAGGUUCAAUUUUGUGUUGAUUAAAUGAUGGAACUACAGCUGAAUUAUGUACAGUUUGGAGUACAGUUAGUCUCCCAUGCUAAAUGUUUUCACAGUGUUGCUGGAAGGUUUUGGCAGCAACAUUGUGAGAACUGUUUGUGUUAGCGGGGAUGAACGUGUAUGAAGGUGUCGACACCUGGCCAUUAAAACUAAAGACAACGCAAAUGGUAAUGACGAGCGUUAAGAUCUGUUUCAGCUCAAAAUUAUGGAACUUAAAUCAGGAGAUUUGCUGGAAGGAAACCCAGCCCCCCCCAAACCCCCCCCCCCCCCACGCCCCUUCCCCCACCAGGGCGUUUCAGGUCAAAAAAGACCAAAAUUUAGGGAAGUGGACUCUGCUUCUGUUGGCAGCAGAAACUCCCGUCGAUUGCCAUGGCAAACAGAGGAACAGACUACGCUGGUGUUGGAGGACGCGGACUUUGUAGUUUGCUUUGACACGUGCAAACCUCGGAGACACAAGGACACUGUCCCAGCUGUCAUAUUUCGGUUCCCAAACGAAAUUCCUGUGAAGUUGCAGUCAACAUUCCCAACAUUCCCAACAUGUAAAUAUUUCCAUAUUUCUGGGUAUCCCUGCACCAUUAUUUACAUGAAAUGUUUUUUCCAAGAACUUUUUUUCCAAGAAGUUUUCAAUAAAGUUUUUUAAGAGUG